CCUAAACAAAACAUAGCGGACUCCCCUAUUUGUCUAUUAUCCCAACAAGCCACAAUGCCUAAGAGCUACAAUGUCUAAUAAAACCAGCAAAUCCAGAUUUCCAUAUAGAAGCCCCAUGAUCAGAUUAGAAAUUAUUUGGUCUUAAUAAUAUAACCAUAAUUUAUAAUAGACAAUUCGCCCUCUCGUGAACCAUGUUUACCCUUGCCACAUUUACCUUCACCGCGGGCCGGUGAAUACCCCCUCAACAGGUAUCCAACUACUAUUAAGAAUCGAGAUAUAAACUCAGUUAAACCACCGAGCGCUUCUCCGCAACAAAGACACAUGUUAGAUAAGUACUCCAAGUUCAAUGUUUUACUGGAAACGUAAAGCAACCUGAAGUAACGGAUAUGUAAGUUAUGCCCUGUCCACGAGACCAUACUCAAUUGACUAGUUCCGGUCCGGCUCCUUAAGUGGCGUUUCCUGUCUUCUUAUGUUGAGAUAGUAUGGUGAAUCCUAAACGAGAUGAGACAACUCCCCAUAUGUGUUCAUGUUUGGGCAUGCCAUGGGAAACCUAUAUCUAUACCCUCAUUCCCCAUCUUUUUCCAUAGGACCACCUAGCUAUCUUCACCCUCCUACCUUAUUUAUUCCUAAGACUUCCUUCCCUUGUCAGAAAACAUAAUGGAAAUUUCCCAGAAUAGGAUCGGGGAAGAUCCUCAAAUGGCCAACCAACCCGCUUCACCUGUCCAAGGUAGCGGUACUGGCGAAAGCGUCUCGGCACAAUCUACAACAUCGCGGGGAACUAUACCCAAGCACACUAUAUCACACGACGAAGCCGCAUUGAUACACGCAAGCUCAGAUCCCAGCAUCCUUACGGAAAAUGACUGUCCGGAAGCCCUAGCUUACGCAUGGCCCAAGUGGAAAAAAUGGGGGACACUUACCAUCAUCUUCCUCGUCCAAAUCUCUAUGAAUUUAAACGCUUCUUUAUACGCAAACGGACAGAGCGGUAUUGUUAAGGACCUCGGUGUUAGCAGCCAAGCCGCAGUUAGUGGCGCCGCCGUGUUUCUCGUCCUAUAUGCGUUUGGAUGUGAGCUAUGGGCGCCUUGGUCUGAGGAAUUCGGAAGAAAACCUGUUCUUCAAUACUCGCUUCUUAUGGUUAAUUUAUGUUGCAUCCCUGUUGGUCUCGCCAAUAUCCAUCGGUCAUUCGUUGGUAUUCUUAUCGGGCGUGCGUUUGGAGGCCUUUUCUCCGCCGGCGGUAGUGUUACGCUGGGAGUUGUUGCGGACAUGUUUACCGCUGAUGAGCAAGAACUUCCGCUGGCAUAUAUUGUCCUCUCGUCCGUAGGUGGCUCCAUCAUCGGACCCAUCAUCGGACCCAUCAUCGGCGGAUUUAUCGAACAAAAUCUCUAUUGGACGUGGACGAUUUGGAUCCAACUCAUCUUCGGAUUAUUUGUCCAAAUACUACAUUUAGCAUUCGUUCCAGAAACUCGUUCCGCCAUUCUAGUUAAUAGGUAUGCCAAGAAAAUGAGGGAGGCGAAAUUCGAAGCGACUGGCGAAAACAGCAACGUCUUCGGACCCUUCGAGUUGAAACCGUUCACAGACUAUCUAGUCCCAAAGGAAGUUUUUGCUAUAUGGACUCGUCCUUUCCAGAUGCUCUACAAGGAGAAAAUCGUUAUGGUGCUAUCUUUGCUGUCCGGGUUUAGCGAUGCCCUAAUAUUCAUGCAAAUUCAGUCAUUGCGUCGCGUAUUCAAGCUGUGGAACUUUACUAACAUCCAGAUAGGGCUUGCUUUUAUCCCAUUUGGACUUGCUUAUAUCCUAGGGUAUCUACUAUUCAUUCCAUCCAUAUACCGUAACCGGGCGUUACGGGCGAAGAAUCCUCUUAGUGAGCACGCUCAAUACGAAUCACGAUUAUGGUGGCUUCUCUUCACCGCACCACUUCUCCCCAUCGGAUUAGUGAUAUUUGCUUGGUCAAGCACGCCCGAGGUGCAUUGGAUUGCCCCGAUGAUUGGGUGUCUCUUCAUCGGCAUCGCUAAUUAUACCAUCUACAUGACCACUAUCGACUAUAUGGUGAAAGCGUACGGUCCUUACUCCGCAUCUGCAACGGGAGGCAACGGCUUUGCUCGUGACUUCUUGGCUGGAGUGUUGACAUGGGCUGCAGCACCAUAUUACGACGCGUUUGAUUUUCAUUAUGGUCUUCAGGUUGCGAAUACCGUGCUUGCCGGUAUCGGAUUGAUUCUCGUAGUCGCAACAUUCGUCAUCUACUACAAGGGGCCGUCGAUGCGGAAACGUUCACCCUUCGCCGAGUCCAUAAGCCAUAGCAGAAGCGAUGCUUCCGUGGAAGCUCCACCUUCGACAAUCGUUUGAAGAAAAACGAGAAAAGAACCUGGAGACAGGUAUUCGAAUAUCAACUAACUAGUUGGAACGGAACUCAGUAACAAAAAACCAAAUCAAAAUCAAAAUGCCCUGUAUAUACGAUAUAACGUAUAUAGUUAGCAAUCUUACGAUAUUUAAUAUAGGUAUUUACUUAGCUAUUUAAUUCAAGGUCGUAUCUAGGUACGCAAAGUAUAGUAUGAUAAUACACGGCCUCGUUCGAAAAGGACAAUGAGAAAAUGCAAGAAAGAGGGAAUUUUU